GUUGAUCUGAACCACAUGCACUUCUUUUCUGAUCCCUUGUAUCCAAUUCUCAAACUCAAUAUAAAGCUAUACAACAGAAAUACUACCAUCUACUAGUCUCAAAUUCCUCAUCAAAAUGAAACAUUUUUUGCCCAUGUUACCUGCGUUUUGGUCUAUAUAUGCGCACUUGUUUUCUCUUUUUAUUAUAAAUUCUCUAUGGCUUGGCCCAAUCAUAACUGUCUUGCCAUCAGGAAAUGAGAGUGAUCAUUUGGUACUACUCAAAUUCAAGGAAUCCAUAUCCACCGACCCAUAUGGAAUCUUUCUCUCGUGGAAUACUUCCAAUCAUUUUUGUAACUGGCAUGGAAUCACAUGUAAUACCAUGCUUCAAAGAGUUAUAGAAUUGAACUUGGAUGGAUACAAUUUGAAGGGAUUCAUAUCACCUCACAUAGGCAAUCUCUCUUAUAUGAGAAACUUCAGCCUCGCAGACAACAAUAUCUACGGCAAAAUCCCACAAGAAUUGGGACGGUUGUCACAUCUGCAACAACUCAAUCUCAGAAAUAACUCAUUGGCAGGAAACAUUCCUACAAACUUGACUGGUUGUACUGAACUCAAAACCUUAAACUUGAGGCAGAACAAUUUGGUUGGAAAAAUACCGAUUGAAAUUGGCUCGUUAUUUCGGAAGCUUCAAGUUUUGACUGUUGCUAAAAACCAGUUAAGAGGAAGAAUCCCAUCCUGCAUUGGUAAUCUCUCAUCCCUAACUUUUCUCUCAAUAGGUGGAAACAACUUAGAAGGGGAUAUUCCACAAGAAACAUGUCGUCUCAAAACCUUGACAUUUUUAUCAUUUUCUCAGAACAAGUUAACUGGUACAAUUCCUUCUUGUCUUUAUAAUAUGUCAUCUCUCACUAUGAUCUCAGCUACAACAAACCGAUUUAAUGGUUCUCUUCCACCCAACAUGUUCCAUACCCUCCCUAAUCUCCAAGAACUUUAUAUCGGUGAAAAUCAAAUUUCUGGUCCAAUCCCACCCUCCAUCACAAAUGCAUCUAUGUUCUUUUUAGCACUUGAAGCUAGUCGAAACAAUCUCAUGGGACAAAUUCCGAGCUUAGGGAAGCUACAAUAUCUUGAUAUCAUAUCUCUGUCUUGGAACAAUCUAGGUAACAAUUCAAGUAAUGAUUUGGAGUUUUUAAAAUCAUUGACAAACUGUAGUAAGUUGCAACUAUUAUCUAUAUCCUACAAUAAUUUUGGGGGUUAUUUGCCAAAUUCAUUGGGCAAUUUAUCUACCCAACUUAGUCAACUAUUUCUAGGAGGUAACCAUAUAUUGGGAGAAAUCCCUGCUACAUUAGGAAAUUUAAUUAGCUUAACUCUUUUGACAAUGGAAGAUAACAAUAUUGAUGGGAAUAUCCCAACAACUUUUAGGAAGUUUCAAAAGAUGCAACGCUUACGCUUAAGUGGAAACAAGCUGUUAGGAGAGAUUGGAGCCUUUGUGGGGAACCUCAGCCAAUUGUUUUAUCUGGAUUUGGGAGAAAAUAUGUUAGAAGGAAAUAUUCCUCCAAGUAUAGGAAUGUGCCAAAAGUUGCAAAGCUUAAAUCUUGCCAAUAACAACCUUACAGGAACCAUACCCUUGGAGAUUUUUAAAAUUUUCUCUUUAACAAACUUGUUGUCUUUGUCACAAAACUCAUUGAGUGGUAGUAUACCGGAAGAAGUGGGCAACCUAAAAAAUAUUGGUUUUAUAGAUUUGUCUGAAAAUCUUUUGUCCGGUCACAUUCCUGGAACUAUUGGAGAAUGCAUUAUGUUGGAGAACCUUUCUUUGCAAGGGAAUUUUUUACAAGGAAUCAUACCAUCCUCCUUUUCAUCACUCAAAGGUCUUCAAUAUUUAGACCUGUCACUAAAUCGCUUGUCUGGAUCAAUUCCUAAUGUUUUGCAAAAUCUUUCUUUCUUACAAUAUUUCAAUGUAGCUUUUAACAUGUUGGAUGGUGAGGUGCCAACGGAAGGUGUCUUUCGAAAUGCAAGAGGGUUAGUGGUGACUGGAAAUAGUAAGCUUUGUGGAGGUGUUUCAGAACUGCAUCUACCGCCUUGCCUUGUCAAAGGUAAAAAACUUGCAAAACAUCACAAGUUAAGAUUGAUAGCAGUGAUAGUUAGUGUGAUUGCGUGUCUUCUCAUAAUAUCAAUUAUUCUAACUAUCUACUGGAUGAGGAAACGGAGUAAGGAACCAUCUUUGGAUUCACCAACAAUUGACCAAUUGGCUAAAGUUUCAUACCAAAGCCUACAUAAUGCAACUGAUGGAUUCUCAAAUGCAAACUUGAUAGGAUCUGGGAAUUUUAGUUUUGUCUACAGAGCAACUCUUGAGUUUGAAGACAAAAUUGUUGCCAUAAAGGUCCUAAACCUUCAAAAAAAAGGAGCACACAAGAGUUUCAUUGCUGAAUGCAAUGCACUUAAAAAUAUUAAACAUCGAAAUCUAGUACAAAUUUUGACAUGUUGUUCCAGCACAGAUUACAAAGGUCAAGAAUUUAAAGCUCUAAUUUUUGAGUACAUGAGCAAUGGAAGCUUAGAGAAAUGGUUGCAUCCUAUGACAGUAAAUGCAAAGCAUCCUAUAACCUUGAAUCUUCUUCAAAGAUUAAACAUCGUGAUUGAUGUUGCUUCUGCAUUACAUUAUUUGCAUCAUGAAUGUGAGCAAUCAAUCAUUCAUUGUGAUUUAAAGCCAAGCAAUGUUCUACUUGAUGAUGACAUGAUUGCUCAUGUGAGUGAUUUUGGCAUAGCAAGACUUCUCUCAACAAUCAAUGGUUCUACUUUUAAGCAAACAAGUACAAUUGGAGUAAAGGGGACCGUUGGUUAUGCUCCUCCGGAGUAUGGAAUGGGUUCUGCAGUGUCUGUGAAUGGUGACUUGUACAGUUUCGGAAUUCUUGUGUUGGAAAUGUUUACUGGAAGAAAACCCACAGAUGAAAUUUUUGGAGAUGAUAAAAAUUUGCAUAACUUUGUGGAAAAAUCAUUUCCUGAUAAUCUUUUACAGAUUUUGGACCCAACACUUGUCCCGACAGAAAUAGAAAAUAGUCAAAAUCUUACUCCAACCGUUGAACAAUGCUUACGUUCACUAUUUAAUAUUGGACUUGCUUGUUCAGUAGAAUCAGCAAAAGAAAGAAUGAAUAUGACAGAUGUUGGCAAGGAACUCAACAAAAUCAGAAAUGCUUUUCUUGCCGAUAAGGUAAAUGGAAAAUGACUCGAUUCUUAGCAUGUUAUAAAAGAAGAAAUGUGAAUACACUGGACUAAUCAAAGCUGAGAUCAAAUGCUAAGAGCUGAGACUAUUUCAGAAAUAGAUGUUUAUAUAUGGUGUGCUUUAAUGAAUGUAAUACUCCAUUUAAUUAAGUGAUGAUAGACUUGUUGUACUUCUUUUCUUUUAUUUUUUAUGAUUUUCCAAAUUUUAAUGGAGGGAAUCAAAAUGCUUUCAAGCUAAAUUCAUAUUCA